CAAUGAGCCAACGCGCGAGGACUCGAUAUCAUUGGAUUCCUUGACACCGAUUGCGUCUUGUUUCGAGAAUGGACGUGUUUUAUGCCUACACGUAUGGCACGGCAGUGUGGCUCGGAAUGCAAGCUGUACCGCUGGUUGUCAUGCCCAAGUUGAUAAUCAUGAUGCUAGCGGAAGAUGGACACCAAACUUCAGGUAAGAUGGGACUGUCCAUGGCGUCGUCAUCCACGGCUGCAUCUGAGAUCCUUCCCGGUUACGAGCCACUCUGACGACCUUCGGACCCCGAACAAAACAGAUGUCGAAAUCUAUCUGAGUCGAUCGCUGGGUUUUGCCCUGGUCCUGAUUGCGCUGAUUGCAAUAUUCUUUACCGGCACAAUCCCAUUGUCGUCGAGCAUCAGUGAGCCGGUCAGCUUGGAGGACAACGAUCCCAAGGCUCCCUACGCCAGGCCGAUACUACAAAUCACCACCUUCUUCCACAGCUUCAGUAUGGUGUAUUGCUACAUGCGAUAUGUAAACUACGAACAAACGGCGUACAUGCUCGGAGCUUUGGGGUACGGCAUACUGGCAAGCGUGGGAAUAUGGAGUGUGAUAUUUGGUAGUACGGAGGCCAGGCGGUCGAAGAGGACAGGUGCAGAUAAGCGAACGUCGGGAUUUCCCUUCAAAAACUCACAAGCUUAUGACAAGAGAAAGGACAGGAAGAUGGGAUGAAGGUUGGAAUCUGACGCACACAGAGAAGGGCUAGGUUUCGCUGUGUCACCCUUGUCGUCAGGGCGGCACUGAAGGCCAGAAAGACCGCCCUUGAAACCAGACCCGGUGAAUAUCGAAGCCAGGGUCGGCCGUUGGAUAACACAACUCUGACCGAGCAUAUUGCCAUGUAAAGUAGUGGGGGGCUCGAUAUGUGCUCGUAUAUCACCGAGUGGUACAGAGGAUGGCGGUGGUGGCGGAACCAUGCAUGAGAGGCUGACUAAGUCGCACUUUAAAAUGACCCGGCGGACUUGAAAUGAC